AUGAUUUUGAUGAAGAUGAAGAUGAAGAAAGUGAACAUGAAGAAGUUACUCCGAAUCCCCCCCAAACCUGCCACGAGGAAGAGAAAGGAUGAUGCUACUCUUAAAGAAGCAGCCAACUUGAAGAAGAAGCUUGCUUAUGAAUCGAUUCCGGCCCGCAUUCUUACUCCCCCCUCCGCGACCUCAAGUCCUCGGGCUGACACACCUUCUCCUCGGGCUCCAACACCUUCUGUUGGAUGUGAAUUUAAUGAGAUGAAGGAGGAGCUGAAAAUAGAGAUGAAAGAGGAGAUGAAAAAGCUUAAAACAGAGCUCAUCAAAGAGCUAAAAAUCACAAUCCAACAAACUCAAGAAACUCACCUUGAGUCGUUCAAGAAGAUGGUUAUGGAUUCUAAGAAGGAUGUCGAAGUUGAGAAGAGUAAGGUUGAACAGGAGGAGGAAAAGAAAGAGGAGAUGAUAGCGAUGCAGGAUACUAUGGGGGAUGAUGAGAAGGUGAAUGAUGGGAAGAAAGACGAUGUAAAGGAGGACAAUGAGAAGGUGGAGGACGAACAGAAGGUGGAGAACGAUGAGAAGGUGGAUGAUGAUGAGAAGAUGGAUGAGGCUAAGGUGGAGAACGAUGAGAAGGUGGAUGAUGAUGAGAAGAUGGAUGAGGCUAAGGUGGAGGACGGUGAGAAGGUGGAGGAUGAACGAAAAGAGAACGAUGCGAAGGUGGAGGACGUAAAGAUGGAGGAUGAGGCUAAAGUGGAGGACGGUGAGAAGCUGGAUGGUGUGGCUAAGGUGGAUGAUGUGGAGGUUGAUCUGAAACUGAAGGUGAAGGAUGAGAAGAGUGUGGAUGUGAAGGCACAGACAAAUGAGGAAGUUAUAGGAGGAGAUGACAAUGAUGACAAUGAUGAUUUCCAGUUAUACAAUACUCCUCCUAAAGGAAAUUAUGGGAGGAGAGUGAGGAAGCCGAAAAAAGAUGACUCGUACACCAACCCUUCCUUGUCAAAAAUGCCCAAGACAAAGGAUCCAAUGAAAGUGAAUCACCUUCAAAAAUUUGAAGAUGAACUGCUGGAUAAAGUAAAGGCGUGGUUGGAUGAUCCAGAAACCGAUAAUUUGACAACGGAUGUACAUACUUGCCAAGCAAAGAAGGAUGUGUUUGUUAGAGUUUUAACAAGGUUGACAUGGCUUGAAGACACUGAAAUCGAUGCAUUCUGCCAUCUUUUGCAGAAAAGGAUUUCCUACUAUCCCAAGACAUAUAAAAAUUCACAUGUGGCAAUUGGGGAUUGCUUAUUGGCGGACAGAAUCAGGCGAGAGCACAGGACUUUUAUUAAGGAUCCUGCUAACUAUCCAGUUGCCGAAUUCAAAGACUAUUACAUGGCAUCACCACAUAGAUAUAUGCCAGAAUGGUCAACAAUUGACGAUGUCUACAUGCCUAUGAAUAUUAACCAGAAACACUGGAUUUUGUGUGUAGCACGUCUUCAAAAGUACCGUAUUGACGUGUACGACUGUGAUGCCUAUCUUUAUAAGAAUCUGGAUCCUUAUUUGAAACCCUUAUGCGACAUGAUUCCACAUAUAUUCGCAAAGACAAUCACUCCUGGUGAGAGGGUAAGGUAUCCUAAAUUCAACUUCGAAGGCCCCAUCCAACCAAUGACUUACAAACGGUUACCACACCCCAAAGUGAAAACCGCUGCAGCUAUGGUUGAAGAAGUCCCACGGGCAACAGAGAGCGGGGACUGUGGGGUCUUCACGCUAAUGUAUAUGGAACACUUGACCGCUAAUCAAGCCGUCCACAAUGUGACCUCAGAAAACAUGGGGGUUUUUUAG